AACCCGACCUGGAUAGAUGGUUAUGUACUUACUCGGAUGGUUUUAUCACUGCAUAAUAGGACAUGAGAUUUGUGCGGUUGCGGGCGGACGAAGGACAAGCAAAUGCACGGCUUCUCAAUCUGGUUAGAUUCCCGCCAUCAUCCGCACCCCUUUCCCACUCCACCGUCGCUGUUUCUUGAAGCGGCCAGUGCCAGUCAUCCAUUACCUUCCUUCUUAUUCUUCCCAACCGCAAGCGCAAGAAUUUUAAACUCUCGGUCUAGGUCUACGUCUAUGUCCAUCUCAUCAGCUUCUUCUCGAUCAUUCCUUGCGAAUUGUUCUAACAUAGAUUCCAUCCCUUUAUUCGGUGGUGGUGGCGACGAGAAUGAGGAUGAGGAUGAGGAUGAGGAGGAGUUGCCGUCCAUCUACGGCGGCGGCGAGAUUGAGAUAGAAAAAAUUGGAAAUAACUGCCGCAGAAUUCGAUCCAUGAUUGCAAUAGAGGCGAGCCUUCAAACCGUUUGGAACAUUUUGACUGACUACGAGAGAUUGGCCGACUUUAUCCCUGGUCUCGCUGUCAGCCAAUUGCUUGAGAAGAGACCCAACUUUGCCCGUCUUUUUCAGAUUGGACAGCAGAAAUUGGCAUUUGGGCUAAACUUUAAUGCUAAAGGAAUUGUUGAUUGUUAUGAGAAAGAUCUUGAGAGUCUUCCUUUUGGUCAAAGGCGCGAUAUUGAAUUUAAGAUGGUUGAAGGUGAUUUUCUGCUGUUUGAGGGCAAAUGGUCUAUUGAACAGGUAACCCAUCCUCUGCCCAAACAGCACCUCAAUCAUCCCUCCCUGAAAUAAAUAAACAAAUAAAGAGGAAGAAGGCUCUUCAAUGCCAGUUGGGUGGAUGCAGUGCAACAUAGAAAGAUGUGAAGAUGGAAAUUCCUUGGUAGGCGAAGAAUUUCAUACUACUCUUUCAUACGUUGUUGAUGUGGAGCCAAAGCUGUGGUUGCCGGUUAGUCUUGUUGAAGGCAGACUUUGCAGAGAGAUACAAGCCAACCUUUCAUGCAUUCGAGCGGAAGCAGAAAAAGCUAAACGUGGCAUUCUUCCUGAUAACUGAUGUAACCAUUUGUUC